CGGAGCACUGAAAAUUGUUUUUCAGUUUCCUCAGUGAAAUUUCAACCGCGCGGCAUUACGCAAACACAGAUUAGUUGAAGAUAUAAAGGAGAUUUAUUGAAGAUCUUCUGAUUGGUGGAGGAGAUUGCUUUCGAUGGCUUCAAGUUCGCUGACAUCCUGCGCCUUAUGUCAGGCCAAGGCAUCGCAAUUGUGCGCCGCUUGCCGGAAUGUAGUCUAUUGCAGUCGGGAGCACCAGAAGGAACAUUGGAAGAAAGGUCACAAAUCGGAAUGCAAGUGCUUCGAAAUAGCCACCAAUGAAGUUUUGGGCAGGCAUCUAAAGGCCACCAGGGAUAUUAAAAUAGGGGAGCAGAUCUUGAAAGAGGCGCCUUUGGUUCUGGGACCCAAAGUCGCCUCAGCUGCACUUUGCCUGGGCUGCCACAGGAAUCUAUUGGCACCCGAAAAGCCAAAAGGAAACUACUAUAAAUGCAGCUCCUGCAGUUGGCCAUUAUGUGGAAAGGAGUGCGAGGACUCACCCCACCACAAAGCCGAGUGCCAGCUAAUGUCGAGUAGCAAUUUCCAAUCCAAAAUAAACUAUACACCUGGAGAAGAGGAGCGCAAGGAGUCGGCUUAUUGUGUGAUUAUGUUGCUUCGUUGCAUGCAACUCAAAACCAAGGAUCCGGAGGCUUUCCUUAAACUUUACACUUUGGAAGAUCACCUUAAGGAGCGUUUGGAAACUCCCUUGUAUCAAGUUCUACGUGCCAAUCUCAUUACCUUUAUUAAAACUGUAUUAGGUUUAAGGGAGUGGCUGGAGUUGGACAUCCUGCGCAUUGCUGCCAUUCUAGACACAAACACCUUUGAAGUAAGGCAACCCAGAGAGAGGAGAAAAAUUCGAGCCCUCUAUCCUGGAGCGGCUAUGAUCUCGCACGACUGUGUUCCGAAUAUGAGGCAUCGUUUUGAUGACGAUAUGAACAUUGUGUUCUUGGCCAAGAGGAAGAUAGCCAAGGGAGAGAUCCUGAGUAUUUCCUACACUCAGCCUCUGAGAAGCACAAUCCAGCGCAGGGUGCACUUAAGACAGGCCAAGUGCUUCGACUGCUCCUGCGCUAGGUGCCAGGAUCCUGAGGAGCUGGGCACCUUUGCUGGGGCACAAACCUGUCUAAAAUGCAAAGCAGGAAAGGUAAUCUCCCUGAAUCCCCUGCAAAAUUCAGCGAUUUGGAAAUGUCAGCUCUGCAAUUUGAAAAGGUCAGCUAAAGAAGUGGUAACUUCAGAUGCAGAGCUUCAACAGGAAUUGGAGUCGUUGGACAAGACAACACCCGUAGCUCUAGAGGACUUUAUAUAUCGCCAUCGUGUUGAUCUUCAUGAUACCAACACCCAUAUUCUGCAAGCUAAAUACGCUCUCACCCAGCUAUAUGGAAGUGCUCCUGGAUUCGCAAUGGAGGAACUCUCUGAGGAAAAGCUGAACAGAAAAGUGCAACUUUGUGAGGAACUCCUUCAACUAGCCGAUAUUUUUGAUGGUGGCUGGAGUAUUUUUCGGGGAAACCUUCUUAUAGAUAUGGAAGAAGCAUUAGUCGCACAAGCCCUACGCUCAGAAGACGCAGAGGAGUGCGAGGAGAAGCUGAGAAACGCAGCGGAAAUGCUAAGGGAAAUCCGAAACAUAAUGAAGCACGAACCGGAAAUGCAGCAAUUGCUAUUGGAACGUCAAGUUAUCUUGAAUUCCGCCCUUGAGCGAUUUGAAAAAGUUGAGAAUUAAGAAUAUAUAACUCUUUGACAAAUA